AUGCCUCGCAUGCGCAAAAAGCAAAUACUAAUUCCGUUUCGAACGGAAAUGAGCGCGUUGCUGCUGGAGAAGCUAUACGUUAUGGGCGUAAUUCCGACAAAGUGGGAUCUGGAGAAUGCGAACAACAUCAGUGCAUCGUCGUUCUGGCGCAGGAAUCUUUUGCUCGUGCUGGUGCGUAACAAGAUGUCGGAAAACGUGUCCCAUGCGAUCAAGAUGGUCGAGCAUGGCCACGUGCGCGUUGGUGUGGGAGUGGUUAAAGAUCUCGCGUUCUUAGUGCCGCACACGCUGCAGGAUUUCGUAACCUGGGUCGACAGUUCGGCAAUCCGUAAGCACCUGCAGGAGUAUGAUGAUAUGCGAGACGAUUUUGAAGAUGGUCGAAUGUGA